AAUAAUUAUAAUGACUGAACCAGGGGACCAAAAGACUAUUGCUGAGGCCAAACUCUUGGCUAGAGAGUACGCCAAGCAUAACAGUGACGACCAAGGGAAUCUAUACGCUAAGAUCUGGGAAGUCCCAGAAUUCAGAGAGGCCUUUGAUUACAAUAUGGGUUAUGAAAAGAAAAAUAUGUUGAAAUAUAGAGCUGAAGCUGUUUUCAGGCAUACCAGGCUUUCAAAGCAACUUUUCCAAAAAGUAUAUUAUAACCCAAACUUGUUGCUUGAUGAUGAAACCAAUAUGAGGAAGCAUUAUGUUACAGAAAGCGGAAGUCAUGAUCUUAGAUCUACCUUUAUUAAUUGGUUGGUAGUUGGAACUUAUUUCCCAGCUUUAUAUGCUGCUUCAACAAGGUUCAGAGGAUGGGGAUGCUUCUUCGCAGUCACUGCUGGAUGGUACUUCCUAUAUACACAAGGACAUCAACUCAACAACAACAUAUUGCAGAAAAAUUUGAACUCUUUUGCUUCCCCACUUGUGGAGAAAUAUGGAAUAAUUGAUCAUCAUGACAACUAAUAAGAGCUAAUUUGGAUAAGACAAAGGGAUUCAAUUUUAUA